AUACAAUUAAUCGCGAUGAAAUCUUUUAAUUGUUGCCCAGCCCUAGUUAUUUCCAUAAGCCUUCAUUUAACUCACUAUCUCGUCUUACACCUCUCACAGGUUUUACUAUGUCCACGCCGCCCUAUCUGUUCCUCCUGUCUCCACGUUGUCUCGCUCUCUCGUAGUGAAAGAUGACGAGGUCCAAAGAUGCAAAUGGCGGCCUAUCUCCAGGGACGGGUCAGUCUCCUCCGACGCUGUGUGACCACACUGCCGGCUUCAUGACUGAGGUGUCUCCGGACUUGACCGUAGGACGUCAGCGAAUGAUGAAAUGACUGAGGAACAACUGAUGUCACGCAGAUAGAAAGUCGGAGGAAGACAUUUUACCCUUGGUUACCCGGACUACGGACGGUUCGGCAGACUUAAAAUGGGUAUUUAUCGGUACCCCUGGGUUCUGCCUUUAAUUGUUGCAGCCCUCACCUCAUGCUCAGAGACGGGCUUCAACGACGACGAUUAUCUAAACGAGGGUUCCUACAACCUGAACUGGAUGGAGUCCAUCCCUGACGACACACCCCUUUCCACUCUCUCCAUCCCGGGAACGUACGAGAGCCUCACCCUCCACGGGGGCCCCCACAUGAUAUGUCAAGUCUGGUCCUUCGGCACGCAACUCAAAGCCGGGCUGCGAUACUUCGACAUCCAUGUCGGGAAUUGGUUCCUCACCCACCAGAGCGUUGACGUCCGAGACGGGUUCUGGAUGUUGUGGCAAAAAACUGAACUGGACGAAGUAAUGAAGACAGCCUUGGACUUCCUAGAGACGCAUGCCAGCGAGACAGUGCUGCUAAGACUAACGCUGCACGGAGCGUACCGUAAGAUAAUCGAAGGGCUGAUACUUCACCUGGUCAGGCAGCACACGGCUCAAGUGUGGACAGAACUCUCUGUUCCCAGCCUUGAACAAGCCCGGGGUAAGAUUGUGUUGGUUCAAAGUGACAGUUUCAGCACGGGUAUUGUUUACCACGAGCCCGGCUUCCCAAAUGACCACAAGUUUAAGAGCUUUGAGGACCAGGUGACUAAAGUGAAGGAAUAUCUGUGGAUCGCUGAAAGUAUUUGCGACCGCCAUGUUGUUCUGACUGAUACAACGGCGUCGUCUAUCUUAACCAGCCCCAAAAUGGUGGCCAGAGGCUUCAACAGUUACCUUAAUGACAUGGUUCUGGGAUACAAGAGGAUUGGUUCCCUUAUGGGCUGCCUGGGAGUGAUUACCAUGAACUUCCCCAGCUCUGAGCUCAUCAAGAACAUUAUAGAAAUCAAUCCCUGUGUUUGUGGAGGGACGGGAGACGCAGGAGGGCCUGACCAUGUAAUAUCUGGCCCUGAGAAGGAUGAUGGCACGUUGGCAGGGUCUCGAAUCAUGACUGAACAAGGGUCUGAUUCCUUAGAGGAGAUUCAAACCUCAACUGAACCAGCGUCCGAUGUGGUGGAAGAGACGCACAGUUCUAUGGAAGCAGGGUCUGAUUCUGCAGAAGAGAUACAAACAACAGAACCAGAGUCCGAUUCUGUAGAAGAGAUAACAAGUACAACAGAACCAGGUUCAGAUUCUGAGGAUGAUAUGGUUGCUACAACCGAAUCAUGGUCUGAUUCCGAUGAAGAGAGGGUUACUACAACAGUAUCAGGGUCUGAUACUGAGGAAGAGAUGGUUACUACAACUGUGGUAAUGCCCCCUGGACCACAUGAUGGACCAAUUUGGGACAUAACAAUUAGAGGGAUUGAUGAAAAUCUAGAGUCGACAACUGAUCCAGCACGCGGUUCUGAACAUGAAGCUGAUACACCAACCACAACUGAAUCAGGGUCAGACUCUGGAGAAGAGAUACAAACAACAACUGAAUCAGGGUCCGAUUCUGGAGAAGAGAUACAAACCACAACAGAAUCAGGGAUAGAUGUGAUGGAAGAGACACCUACUUCAAUAGAACCAGGGUCCGAUUCCACAGAAAAGAUACAAACUACUACAAAAGCAGGGUCAGAAUCUGACGAAGAGAUACAAACCAAAACAGAAUCUGAAUCUGAUUCCUCAGAAGAGAUACAAACCAAGACAGAAGGUUCAGAUUUUGUAGAAGAGAAACAAACAACAGAACCAGAGUCUGAUUCUGUAAAAGAGAUACAAACAACAGAACCAGAGUCUGAACAUGUAGAAGAGAUACAAACAACAGAACCGGAGUCUGAACCGACCAGCCUGCAGCCCACCCUCUCCCAGCCCCGGAGCUCUCUAACCCUGACCCAGGCGGGUCACAGCCAGACCCACCAGCCUCCCAGCAUCCACAACCUGGGCUCCCAGUUCCCCCCCAGAUCCCAGUCCGGUACACCGAAUCGGUGCAAGACGUGCAUCUCCGGAGACGAAAAUGCCAUGAGAUGA